AUGUCGCGCCGUCUCAUUCGCAGAAAACCUCUUGGGGAUCGCAUUAAAGACUGGCUUCACCCAGGCGACUUUUUGCUAUGGCUUUCGGAAGAAAUCGAGACACGAGACUGGGAUUCCAAGCAUGUAGCAAGUCCGGUUGCUUUGGGUCUCCACGUUGCUCUCUUAAUUGCAAGAGCAAAUAGCGGAAGUUCGGGAAAUAAGGGCAGUGAUGAUGUUUUUGGCGAUGACAAUUCUGGUUCGGGCUGGUUAAGCUACAUUUCCACGUUCGUUCUCUACAUUCUGACGGGCUUUUCUGUCCUUAAUGCCUUUUACACCUUCCUUCGAGUAAGACACUAUCGUCUGUUCGAGAGACCUAUUGACGCACCGCAAACGACACCUUCCCAACGUCGUGUUCGAAUCGAUUCAUCCCCGGUUUCCUCGUCUCCUCUUCGAUUCCUCACAAAUAUAAUCGGGGCAGAAACUGCUGAGUCAAGAGCACAUCCAGAUGCAAGUCGAGAUGUCUGGGAGAUGGCUGUUUGGGAUCCCUUGCCUGUGUGCCUGAGUCUGUUCUGCCUCUUCAGUCCAGGCCAUGUGCUGGUAUACUGGCUGUUUUUGCCAACCUUGUCUUCCGACCCGAGACCCAGCAUCACUGUCGUUACAGCGUUGUUCCUCCAAAUUCUGAUGUCGUCCCAGUUGACAAUUCUGCGAAUGUAUUUUUCACAGCAAGAGAAAGACUCUGCUAUCAUUCAGCAAGAGGUUAUAAGCGAGUAUGAUAUCAAGUUUGUUCAUCCACGGUUGAAUCCACUGGUCCGUGACGUUGGGACGCAAUUCUAUGGGCCUAAUAGCAAUGAAGGGGAAGAUGGUGAUGUUGACGCAUAUACACCCGCUAUCACUCUCAAACGUGGAUUUCGAACGAACCCAAAUCCAAACUAUGCCAAACAUGUGGACCCGGACAAUACAGAGUCGUUCAAUAGAUCCGGACGUUCCCAGUCUCCCUUUUAUACACCCUCAGCCUACAACUCGCGGAAUCACAGUGCUCUAGCGAGCAUGACACCAAAACAACCGCUGCGUCAACCUCAAUUCCGUCAAAGCAUGGCAGACUCUGCUUCCACGGGCGUGAGUACAGGUGACGGGGGAAGCCUAGGAGUCUUCAGUCAUGCCAGGUCUCCUCUUAAGAAGGCUACUAGUAUGUAUGAUAUGCAGGCACGUGAAGCCCCAAGGAAUUCUGCUGAAAUGGCAGCACGGGAGCAAGGAGAAAGGAGUAGAAGUCCCACCAAGAGGAGAUUAAGCGAAGCCCAUCGUUCAUUUCUUGGUCUCGAUGAUAACAGGAGGACGUCUUCUCCAGCUAAUUUAAAUAAGCCAAAGCCUGGCCCUGCGCAGUACAGCAGGAUGCCGUCUAGGUUUUAA